AUGGAAUCCUACGCCAGUGCGCUCUGUUUACAGGAAGAUAUAUUGCACACUCUGCCCACGGCUUCAGUGAAGAUAGUCACUCCUCAGGGUCUCCUCUACCCUGGAGAUACAGUCACUCUGCAGUGUGACAUAUCAGACUACACAGACUGGACGUACCACUGGUUCAGAGACAACCAAGAGCUUCCCAUUCAGAACAGAAACACCAUCUCACUCCCUCACCAGGCUGGUCAGUACAGGUGUUUUGGGACAAGGAGCGGUCGGCCCCAGAAUUCAUAUGGCAGCUCAGAUCUCCACAUCAUCAUCACUGCUCUUCCCAAAGCCACACUGACUGGAAAACCCAACCCUGUGUUCCCUGGAGAGACAGUUACUCUGACGUGUUCAGUAGGGUCUGACAGUAGCUGGAGCUAUCAGUGGUACAAAGACAGGAAUGAUAAUGUAGUAUCCCAGUCUGGCAGACACACUAUAACAGGAGACACCCUCACCAUCAGUAGUGUUGCUGAGUCUGACCAGGAUCUCUACUGGUGUCAGGGAGAGAUCCAGUCCAGAUCCAUAUCAUCAAUCAUCAGUGAUCCUGUCAGAGUCACCCUGAAUGCUCUGCCCACGGCCUCAGUGAAGAUAGUCACUCCUCAGGGUCUCCUCUACUCUGGAGAGACAGUCACUCUGCAGUGUGACAUAUCAGACUACACAGGCUGGACGUACAGCUGGUUCAGAGACAACCAAGAGCUUCCCAUUCAGACCAGAAAAAACUCCAUCUCUCUCCCUGACCAGGCUGGUCAGUACAAGUGUUUUGGGACAAGGAGAGGUCGGCCCCAGAAGUCAUAUCUCAGCUCAGCUCUCCCCAUCAUCAUCACUGCUCUUCCCAAAGCUACACUGACUGUAAAACCCAACCCUGUGUUCCCUGGAGAGACAGUUACUCUGACGUGUUCAACACGGUCUGACAGUAGCUGGAGCUAUCAGUGGUACAAAGACAGGAAUGAUAAUGUAGUAUCCCAGUCUGUCAGACAAACUGUAACAGGAGACACCCUCAUCAUCAGUAGAGCUGGUGUGUCUGACCAGGGUCAGUACUGGUGUGAAGGGAACAGAGUGUCUAGACCCACAUCUUCACUAACAAGUGAUCCUGUCACUCUCACUGUAAAAGAUAGUCGUCCGACGGCUACACUGAGUUUAGACCAAGCGAACGUAUUCACAGGAGACAGUGUGACACUGACCUGUACAGUAGAGUCUUAUGGAUGGAAGUUUUACUGGUACAGACACAGACCAGACUCUACACCAGUAACCACAACCUCUAGAUACUCCUACACACUCAGCAGGGUCAGUGUCUCUGAUGGAGGACAGUACUGGUGCAGAGCUGGGAGAGGAGACCCAGUCUACUAUACCCUGUACAGUGACCCAGUCCAGAUAAAUGUUCCUGAGAGACCUGUUGCUGUUCUGACCCUCCAACCCAACUGGACACAGAUAUUCAUUAGAGAGACUGUCACUAUGAGAUGUGACAUACAGGGAGGAGGAGACACUGAAUGGCAGUAUGAGUGGUAUAAGAAUGGUUAUUCAGUCUACCAGUACUCUAUUACAAAGUCUGAGUACAGAAUCAGUCCUGUCUACGUGUCUAAAAGUGGUUCAUAUACCUGUAAGGGUGUAAAGGGAAACAAGUUCUCCAAGACCAGUGAUGCUGUACAACUGACUGUGUCUGAUCAACCCAAGGCUGUCCUGAGUAUCUCUCCUCAGUGGCUGAACCCUGGAGACUCAGUAACUCUGAGAUGUGAAGUUGACAAGACGUCUACAGGCUGGAGGUUCUCCUGGUACAGGACUGUUCCAAAUUUAAAAGAGCAGUCCUACUCUUUUCAGCGUCUACCAGAAGCAGGCAAUGGGACUACUGAAGACUCCUACACUCUGAUCCCUGCUGGUCCUACUCCCACAGGAGGAUAUGUGUGUAGAGCUGGGAGAGGAGACCCAGUCUAUGACACACUCUACAGUGAACCUCUGUUUCUCUGGUCAGGAGAUCUGCAGCCUUCAGUGUCUCUUACAGUAAAUCCCAACUCAACUCAGCAUUUUAGAAGGACAUCUCUCUCACUGAGCUGUGAGCUGAAGGGGAACUCUACUGGAUGGAGACUGAAGAGAUAUACAGAGACAGCAUGGUCGUCAGAGUGUCCAUCUACCUGGAGAUCAAUAACAGAAUCCACCUGCACCAUCAAAUCAUUGAACACAUUGUCCAGUGGAGUGUUCUGGUGUGAGUCUGGAUCAGGAGAGUACAGUAAUGCUGUCAACAUCACAGUAAAUGAUGGUGAUGUGAUCCUGGAGAGCUCUGUCCAUCCCGUGACUGAAGGAGACUCUCUGACUCUGAGCUGUAAAUACCGGAAAGUCAGCUCAAACUUCAAAGCUGAUUUCUACAAAGAUGGAGUACUCAUCAAGAAUGAGACCACAGGAGAGAUGACCAUCCCUACAGUAUCCAAGUCAGAUGAAGGAUUCUAUAAGUGUAAAUCUGGUCAAGGGGAAUCACCAGAGAGCUGGGUGACAGUGAGAGUCUCUCCAGUCGUAGCUCCUGGAUCCUCUACAUCAGUCCUAGUAGGAGUGGUUGUGGGUCUGGUUGUUGCUGGUGUUCUACUGGUCAUUCUCCUGGUCCUGCUGUGGAGAUAUCAAAACAGCAAAGGUUCCUACUUCAACAGAAUAUUCUGGCCCCCUCAGCCCCAGAGCACCAACCAGGACCCCCAACAGGACCAAGGAUCUACCCAGGGCCAGGCUCCUGAUACUGGGUAUACACAUCUGCAGCAUGGUGACGCUAACAUCUACGAUACGAUCAAUCCCUCAGACAACAAUGAUAAUGAUGCUGCUGGUGCUUCUGCUGCUGGACCAAGUCAUGUGACUUACGCCCAGAUUCAACUGAACAAGUUGGACAAGAAAAAGAAAGUAAAGAGAGAUUAUCCAAAAGAAAAUCCUGUCUACUCUGAGGUGAAGACAGGGAAAGCCACAGCAGCAGCUGGACCUGUUGAUGUGACCUAUGCUGAGGUUGACCUCCAAAAGAAGGUCAAAACCAAGAAGAAGAGAGAAACAGCAACCCCACCUGAAGCAGAACCUGUCUAUUCUGUAGUGAAGCCAUACACAGCCCCCGCAGCUGGACCUGUUGAUGUGACCUAUGCUGAGGUUGACCUCCAAAAGAAGGUCAAAGCCAAGAAGAAGAGAGGCCAAUCCCUGGCCUCCACAUAA